AUGACCAAUCACACCAAAGUCAUCGACGGCGUCGUCGUGACCAAUACUGACGUUCCCCCUCCCCGAGACUGGACCAAUGUGUAUGAUGAGAUUGGUGGCGACAUGCGUUGGAAUGACGAUUUGGAAGAGAUGAUGAGAGACCGGGGCGUUGAUGGAGAUGUCCAGCCUUUCUACGGCACAUGUUCCUAUACUGGCGAGGCUCUCUAUUUGAUGCAGGUUGGCGGCCAGGACUUUUUCUUCUGGAAUGCUCUCGAUGAUUCUAUCUACCGUGUCAAUGGGGACUUGACUCUCGAAAAGAUUGUGGCAGGUCUUGAUGAGCAAGGUCUGAAUGCAUUUGACCUUGAAGAGCUCUAA